CCUAUACUACCUCGAUACCUUUCCAAUGCCCCUACAACAGCGAAGAAGCCAUAAAAUCCUGGCUCUAACCCAUAGCCCUAAAGAUCAAAGACCUCUCAAAUCAGAAGAAAUGCGAUAUGGCCUGCGGCGAGACCAACGACUUCGAAUGGUGUUUCGAAUCGAGCACCGAGGGCAAAAACUGUGAUAUCACGGCGCAGGUUGCGACGAUCCAGGACGCCAUAAAUAAGGUACUGGCUGGGCGGAGAUAUUGGAUUUACUGUCAGGCGUGCUUUCGGUUGAAUCAUGGGGAAACUUGGCGGAGGUCGCUGAGUACAGGGUUGAAGAAGACUUAGGAUGAUACUUUCUACUGUUGAUCUAGGGCGAGUGAUUUAGGUUUAGGGGGCCGAAGAUGGGUUUUUCUGGAGGAAAUAAGGAUCUUUGAGUUGUUUCCGAGCGGUGUUGGUGUUUGAGGGUAUAGAUGGAGAGGGGGGAUGUUGAUGGUAGAUGGGCGAGUUGAAAUGAAUUGGGUGAGCGAGUUGGG